CGUAUCGUCGGGGACACUGGAAGCUCUCUCGCGCGGCCGGUCUUCGAGCUAAGUCCCCGCGGCGCCGGAGCCGCGGUGGCCCUUGCCCGGCUGUCGUCCUAGCUCAAGUCCGCCGGCUUUAGAGAGGCCUGGACCUUAGUCUGCGGAAUUGGUGGCAUACCUCCAAAACCGGCCUUCAGCGACCUUGGGGAGAGGAGGGCGCUCGUCUGCUAGGUCUCAGGCGGCGGCAGGAGCAGCUCUGCCUCCUGGACCUCCCUUCCUGCCUCCCCGGUGACGGACGAAAAGUUCACUUGGAGUUUUGAUUCACCGAGUGACCUUGAGCUCAGGGCGACGCCUAGUUUGUAGUUCUGGCCGCACUGGGCUCUUCAGCCACUGGUCUGAUCUUUCAUGGGGUGGAUAGCCUAAGAAGCAAGAGUUAAAGACGGGCCAAGGAAGCUGAAAAAAGGAAGCAAUAAGAGAAACAAUCAGAAGAGAAAAGUGGAAACCCAAGGAGGAAGAAUUGAUGGAUAGGAGGUAGUUGAGCACAGACUUGCUGUGAGGAACUUUGUGAGAAUUUCAGUAUACGGAAACCCCAUCCUUGUUCCAACUGGUGUGUAUCCAAAGGUCUCAGUACAAUACCAGAACCAAAGUAUUGCAUAUCAGUCAGUCAGCCAGCCACAUACUUAAUGACUUCUAAAAUCUCAUGGACUUCUAAAGAGGCACUAUGGCGUGUGCCGCUGUCGUGGUCUGUGGCUUGUUGCGAAGCUCUCGCGGCUCCAUCUGCCCUCAGGCUGCUUCACGGAGAUUGACGUCCAGGGCUUUGCGCCACCUGACUCUAACGAGCAUAAUGAAAUCCAAAAGGAAAACCGAUCACUUGGAGAGAACCGCAAAUGUCGUUCGACGGGAGGUCGUGGCGGCCGCUAAGGUGUGUGGGGCUGCUGCUGAGUCGCCGUCCGUGAAGAGGCUCCACCUGCUGGUUGCUGACAAAGAUUUUUCUUUCAAGGCCGGCCAGUGGGUUGAUUUCUUUAUCCCAGGAGUCUCUGUGGUUGGUGGGUUCUCAAUAUGCUCCAGCCCCAGACUGCUAGAACAAGAGAGAGUGAUAGAAUUGGCAGUGAAAUAUGCGAACCACCCCCCUGCUCUCUGGAUUCACAAUCAGUGUGCACUUGACUCUGAAGUGGCCGUGAGAGUGGGUGGAGAGUUCUUCUUUGACCCUCAGCCUGCAGAUGCCUCUAGAAACCUGGUGUUGAUUGCAGGCGGAGUCGGAAUUAACCCUCUGCUUUCCAUCCUGCGGCACACGGCAGACCUCCACAGAGCCCGGGCAAGCACAGGAGGUGGCUGUGAGGUUGGAACAGUAAAGCUCUUCUACAGUGCAAAAAACACCAGUGAGCUCCUGUUUAAGCAAAAUAUCCUCGACUUAGUAAAUGAAUUUCCUGAGAAGAUUGCGUGCAGUUUGCAUGUUACCAAACAGACUACACAAAUCAGUGCAGAACUCCAGCCGUACAUCACGGAAGGAAGAAUAACAGAGAAAGAGAUAAGAGAUCAUAUUUCAAAAGAGACUUUGUUCUAUAUUUGUGGCCCACCUCCAAUGACAGACUUUUUCUCCAAGCAACUGGAAAACAGCCAUGUUCCCAAAGAACACAUCUGCUUUGAGAAGUGGUGGUAGAGAGCGGGCACAGGCUGAACUAAGUGACCAGCUGGAGCAUCAAAGAAAAACCAAUUGACAGACUUCAAUGAAAAACGUUUUGCAAAGACUUCAUUGAUUACGUUAUUUUUUGCUAUAUUGAUCUUUUAUUAAUAACUGUUUGAUUAUCUCAUGAUGCAUCUUGGACCGGUCAAUACAGAUGUUCUUUCCCCUUAGGGAAAAGAGAGACUAUAUUUAAACUUAAUCAUAUAAAAGUGUUGUUCUGUGUGUAAGAUACAGGCUAUCUUUAUUUGGUAGCAACCUAUAUAUCUUAUGUCCAAUAAACUUAUAAUUUAAACACA